UCCACACUAUAUUUAAUGGUGUUUUUGGUCCCUUAAUAUUCCUAUCGUCCAGGUAUAUCCUUCGCUUUUGCUCCUUGAUUUGAUCCUUCAUCUCUGUUCUUCUCCGAUCAUGGCCGGUGUUCUUCUCCGAUCCAGGCCUUCCAAGGCUGGGUCAUUCAUCAGACUUAUUACAUCUAUGGGGUGGUCUCAGGAACAUGUACCCAAAUGCUCAACUUUGACAGCCACAAGGUUAAUGAGCUCAGAGACUUCUCUUCAAUCGGAAUCAAUGGAAGAAAAGGGGUUCAAGGGACAUGAUAUGUUGGCACCAUUUACUGCUGGAUGGCAAACCAACGAUCAGCAUCCUCUAGUUAUUGAUAGAUCAGAAGGCUCCUAUGUUUAUGACAUUAAUGGGAAGAAGUAUCUUGAUUCUCUUGCUGGGUUGUGGUGUACAGCUUUAGGUGGAAAUGAACCGCGUCUUGUUGCAGCUGCUACUGCACAAUUAAAUAAGCUACCAUUCUAUCAUUCAUUCUGGAAUCGGACCACAAAACCAUCCCUGGAUCUUGCUAAGGAAAUUCUUGAUACUUUCACUGCAAGAAAAAUGGGCAAGGUCUUCUUCACCAACAGUGGUUCAGAAGCUAAUGACUCCCAGGUCAAGUUGGUCUGGUAUUACAACAAUGCACUGGGAAGGCCAAACAAGAAGAAAUUUAUAGCACGAUCAAAAGCGUAUCAUGGAUCAACGUUAAUAUCUGCUAGCCUUUCAGGUCUUCCAGCUUUGCACCAACAGUUUGAUCUGCCUGUGCCAUUUGUUUUGCACACAGAUUGUCCUCACUACUGGCGGUACCACCUUCCUGGUGAGACAGAGGAGGAGUUUUCAACUAGAUUGGCUAACAACUUGGAAAAUCUUAUUCUGAAAGAAGGGCCAGAUACAAUUGCUGCUUUCAUUGCUGAACCUGUUAUGGGUGCUGGAGGUGUUAUACCUCCUCCCAAAACAUAUUUUGAGAAGGUUCAAGCUGUUGUGAAGAAGUACGAUAUCCUUUUUAUUGCUGAUGAGGUCAUUACUGCUUUUGGAAGGCUAGGGACAACAUUUGGAUGCGAUAAAUUUAAGAUCCAGCCUGACCUUGUCUCCAUCGCAAAAGCCCUUUCUUCAGCGUACAUGCCGAUUGGUGCAAUACUUGUUAGCCCAGAAAUUGUGGAAGUUAUAUAUUCUCAAAGUAACAAACUAGGUUCUUUUGCCCAUGGAUUCACAUACUCUGGCCAUCCUGUAUCUUGUGCUGUUGCAUUAGAAGCAAUUAAGAUUUACAAGGAGAGAAAUAUUCCUGAGCAUGUACAAUCUGUCUCUCCUAGGUUCCAGGAAGGCAUCAGAGCAUUCUCAGAAAGUCCCAUUAUCGGUGAGUUACGAGGGAUUGGGUUGAUUCUUGGAACCGAGUUCUCUCAAAACAAGUCUCCAAAUGAACCGUUCCCGUCUGAAUGGGGUGUAGGAGCAAUCUUUGGAUCAGAAUGCGUGAAGCGUGGAAUGCUUGUUCGUGUUGCUGGGGAUAACAUAAUGAUGUCUCCUCCCCUUGUAAUCACCCCAGAUGAAAUUGAUGAACUGGUAAGCAUCUACGGAGAAGCGCUUAAGAGCACAGAGGAGAGGGUGGCAGAGCUGCAAUCCAAGAGCAAAAAGUAGCUAAUUCAUCUCGUGAAGUUCCCUCCGGGUGAAUCGAGACUCCCACUCUAAUGAUCGUGAUAGCUGUGAAAUAAUGUUGUCGACGCUUGCAAAACUGGGUCGAGAGUAAAAUUAUUGUGGAAGUGUCUGGAAUAAUCAAGGCUUCAUCGCAUUUUUAAGAAAACUGACGACAUGGUCGAGCAAGCCGGAUGCAUGCAUUUCUGCAGCCGCGAUGAACUUUUAAUUUACACGGACGCAAUUGACAGUUGAAAAA